CUUAAAGAUACAAUUUUAAAAUUUUGUUUUUAGUCUUCAAAAUUUUGCUGGACUAAACGAACACAAAUUCGAACAUAGAAAAAAAAAUGAAAAUCGUUGAAACUUUGAGUAUAUUAUUUGUGAUAACACUUGUCGCAAAUUGUUUCAAAAUAGAGCCCCGUAUUAUAUCUGGCAAACAUGCAACUAAAGGACAACUUCCAUGGCAAGUCCUGAUUAAAAAAGUUGGCCUAGUUUGGUGUGGUGGAUCAAUUAUUGCUGAUGAAUGGGUUUUAACUGCAGCUCAUUGUACAAAAGGCGAAAAGUCAUUAGAAUUAGUUUUCGGAAUAAUUCAUGUAAAAGAGCCUGGUAUAAGCAUGAAAAGUAAUCAAUUUACAGAACAUCCACAAUAUAAUCCAUCAAAUUUAAAUUACGAUAUAUCGUUAAUUAAAUUGCCACAGAAAUUGACAUUUAACAAUUUUAUAAAACCGAUAACAUUAAAUAAAAAUCCUGAUCAAUUUACUGGACAACUUUGUACUAUAUCCGGUUGGGGUUAUAUGAGUGAUGAAGAUUUAAUACAUUCCGAUAAUCUCCUUUAUGCAAAAGUUAAUGUUAUAACAAGAGACAAUUGUAUAGAAUUCUAUGGGGAAGAUUAUGUAACAGACGAUACCAUAUGUACAUUAGGAUCAAAUUUGUCGGAUGAAAGUAUAUGUAGUGGUGAUUCUGGUGGGGCUUUAGUAAUUGAUGAUGGAUCAAAUCCAAUACAAAUUGGAAUUAAUUCAUUUGUUGCUGACGAAAGAUGUACAGAGAAAAUACCAGCUGGAUAUAUACGUGUUAGUUCUUUUAUUAAUUUCAUUGAAAGUGUAAUAAAAAAACAAAUAUAAAGAAAAGUAGUGAUAUUAUUUAAUGGAUUAAUGAUUCAUUUUUUUUUUGUUUUUUUUUUUUUUUCAAAAUUAAAAACAAAUCAAAAUUAUUUUAAGAUUUGUGAUAAGAGGUAUAAAAAUAUCCCAGAUAAGAUAA